AGGGGUUGAUUGCGCAUGCGUUCACUUUCAAUGACUAUCAAUAACAAGUCUUCACUCCGGCGAGAUUUGAGGGAAGCCUUUUGAAGAGUGGUGUCUUUUGAUAAAAAGUGAUAAAAAAAUAAUUUUUAAAUUAUUUGUUUUACACGAGGAGAUUUAAGAAAUGAAUACAAAGAAACGAAUUUGCGUAAUUGGGGCAGGUCCCAGUGGAAUGUCUACUCUAUACCACUUUGCUAACAAGAUGGGUAGCGGAAUGGACAUAGAGCUCGUAUGCUACGAAAAACAAAAUGAUUGGGGUGGGUUGUGGAACUACAGCUGGAGGACAGGUACGGACGAAUAUGGAGAAUUAUGUCAUAACGGAAUGUACACUAAUCUCUUCACUAACGGAGCAAAAGAGUUUCACGAGUACCCGGACUACACAUUCGAGGAUCAUUUCAAAAAGGCAAUCCCUUCGUUCCCCCCGAGGACUGUAAUCAGAGAUUACUUUGAAGGACGAUGGACACAAAAAGGGAAAGCAAACUUGAAGAAAUACAUAAAAUUCAACAAUGUUGUGCGCCAUGUGUGUUAUGACGACGUCAAAUCCCAGUUUACAGUGGAAGCCUAUGAUCUUGUUGAUAACAAAACCACCACAGAAGCUUUCAGUCACGUGCUUGUUGCUAUUGGUAUUUUUAAUUGCCCCAAAGUACCUUCCAUUGAUGGAAUCGAAUCGUUCAAAGGUCGUGUGAUGCAUUCACAUGACUUCAGAAACGCCAGCGACUUCCGUGACCAACGAGUACUUGUUAUCGGAUCAAGUUAUUCGGCAGAAGAUAUUUCAAUUCAAUGCCUUAAAUUUGGCGCCAAAAGUAUCAUCUGCACAUGGAAGAAUAAAGCGAUGGGAUUCAAAUGGCCAAAAGGUAUAGAAGAACGUCCGUUAGUACAAAAGUUCGUUGGCAAUUGUGCUACAUUCAAAGAUGGAUCCCGUGCAGAAUUCGACACAGUGAUUUUCUGUACAGGGUACCAUUAUGCUUUUCCGUUUAUGGAAGACAAGCUGCGUUUAACCUCAGAUGUAUCUUUCUACCCUGACAAUCUGUACAAAGGAGUUCUUUGGGUUAAUGGUGGCGACAACAAGCUUUUCUAUGUGGGUGUCCAAAACCAGUACUUCAGCUUCACAAUGUUUGACGUACAAGCUGUUUGGGUUUUCAUGUACAUAAAUGGUAAAAUCAAGAAGAAGUCCAGAGGCGAGAUGCAAAAGGACAUACAGAAAUGGGUUCAAAGACUGCCGAAACUUGACACGUGUGACAAAGCUAUUGAUUUCCAGACAGAGUACAUGGCUGAGCUUAUAAAGGACACAGGAUAUCCAGAGAAAGCUGUUAAUUCCGGGAAACUCAUGCACGAUUGGAUCGCUCAUAAGAAUGAUAACAUUCUCACGUACAAAGACCAAUGUCAUGCUUCCAACUGGACCGGGACCGUCGCACCAAAACCGAAAGUUCCAAUGUAUGAAGCGUUUGAUGACAGCAUCGGGGCGUUCAUUUAAAUACAAAUUAUUAGUUGAAACAUGAAUGACGGUCGGCGGUUGACUAAUUUUAUAUUAUUGGACAUGUAUAACAUAUUUAUAGGAACAGUAAUUUGAUGAAUGAUUGUUUACUUAAUUUCGCAGCUUUGGAAUUCAUUUUGUUUAAGUUAUUAAAUUAACUGAUGUUCGUUUACUAUUUCACAAGCAUCGCACAUUUGUCGGACGCUCGUCAAUUAAACGAUUGUUAACGAAAUUUUGCAAAAUAAAACUUGUACCGCGCAUUAAUUGGACAAUUAAUAGACUGAACGUUUGAAGUAUCGGAUACGCAUUAUGUUUACGCUUUGAAAAUAUUUUACUUAUAUAUCAUACAUGUAUUGGGCUGACUGAACGUUUGUUUUUAUCAUCUUAUUUUUUUUUUUUGUAUUAUUUUGCAUUAUUGGACUACAUUGUAUAAUCAAACUUUUCUUGGAUUUAUUUCUGAAUAAUGCUUUAAAAUUUAUAAGUUAUAUGAUAUAAUUUGCUAUUGUUUGAAGGUUGAACGCAGAAAACACAGUUACAACUGCGUUAAAUUCUCCCCUUGUUUAUAUGGUUAUUCAAUAUCACAGGAAACGUGCGUUCAUCACAAUAAAUUUAUAAACUUAUGCAUAAAUUGUAGAAAAUAUUUUACGAUCCCUAUACAUAUGAAAAUAUUCUAAAUUGGAUGAAAUAUGAAUAUGCAAGACUCUCAGUCCUAUAACUUUUUGAACAACCCUUGUAUAAUCAAGAAAAUAUAUUUGUUGUGACGGUUUAAUGCUUUUUUUAAAAUAUGCAUGUGACUCUUUUUAUGUAACUAUAUUCUUUUCAUAUUACAAACAAUUAAUAAAAUAUGUACUUCAAAAAUUAUAAACCGUUUA